CCGGAACCCGGGGGCCCCGCCGCGCCUGCGCCUCCGCACGUGGGUGGCUGCGCCGCGAGCUCUUCCUCUGAGGGGCCGGGGCGGCUGGUGUGCAGCCAGCUCCGCUUCGACCCCCGACCCCUGUCCCCGGCCCGGCAUGAACCGCUACCUGGUGCCGCUGUCGGCGCUGGGCACACUAGCAGGCGCCGCCGUGCUGCUCAGGGACUAUGUCACCGGUGGGGCGUGUCCCAGCAAGGCCACCAUCCCUGGGAAGACGGUCAUCGUGACGGGCGCCAACACAGGCAUCGGGAAGCAGACCGCCUUGGAAUUGGCCAAGAGAGGAGGCAACAUCAUCCUGGCCUGCCGAGACAUGGAGAAGUGUGAGGCGGCAGCAAAGGACAUCCGCGGGGAGACUCUCAAUCACCACGUCAAUGCCCGGCACCUGGACUUGGCUUCCCUCAAGUCCAUCCGAGAGUUUGCAGCGAAGAUCAUUGAAGAGGAGGAGCGAGUGGACAUUCUAAUCAACAACGCGGGCGUGAUGCGGUGCCCCCACUGGACCACCGAGGACGGCUUCGAGAUGCAGUUUGGCGUUAACCACCUGGGUCACUUUCUCCUGACGAACUUGCUGCUGGACAAGCUGAAAGCCUCAGCCCCUUCGCGGAUCAUCAACCUCUCGUCCUUGGCCCAUGUUGCUGGGCACAUAGACUUUGAUGACUUGAACUGGCAGACGAGGAAGUAUAACACCAAAGCCGCCUACUGCCAGAGCAAGCUGGCCAUCGUCCUCUUCACCAAGGAGCUGAGCCGGCGGCUGCAAGGCUCUGGUGUGACUGUCAACGCCCUGCACCCCGGUGUGGCCAGGACAGAGCUGGGCAGACACACGGGCAUCCAUGGCUCCACCUUCUCCAGCACCACGCUCGGGCCCAUCUUCUGGCUGCUGGUCAAGAGCCCCGAGCUGGCCGCCCAGCCCAGCACAUACCUGGCCGUGGCAGAGGAACUGGCGGACGUUUCCGGAAAGUACUUCGAUGGACUCAAACAGAAGGCCCCGGCCCCCGAGGCUGAGGAUGAGGAGGUGGCCCGGAGGCUUUGGGCUGAAAGCGCCCGCCUGGUGGGCUUAGAGGCUCCCUCUGUGAGGGAGCAGCCCCUUCCCAGAUAACCUCUGGAGCAGAUUUGAAAGCCAGGAUGGAGCCGCAAGACCAAGGGCAGCUGUCUGCCAUGCCCGCAGCUUCCUGGCACCACCAGAGCCGGGAGACUGAGAGCCGCUGGCCGCCAUGCCUGCGGCAUCCUAUAGG